CAACUACAGACAGGAAGUUUGCAAUCCGCCGAAAAUCACAAAGAAGAAGAAGAAGAGACCGGAAGUGAUUCGUUGUGAAGGCGGAAGUGAUUCUCAGUGUUUUAACGAGGCUGAAAGGCGCGAGCUGCACUCUGUCCGGUAUUAAUCGAUCGAUAAACUGUAUCGAUAAAUUGCAUCGAUCCCAGAACGGCUCCGGUCUCCUCUGCGGACUGCUCGCUCUGUCCGCCGCCAUUACGGUCUCCUCUAUUAGCCGUUAGCUGUUAGCCGUUAGCCGUUAGCUGUUAGCUGUUAGCUGUUAGCCGUUAGCUGUUAGCUGUUAGCUGUUAGCCGUUAGCUGUUAGCCGCUGUUGUUGUUGUUUGUCAUGGCGGCGGGAACCGGAGCGGCUCCAACAACCGUUGGUGACGUUGAAGAAGACGCGUCACAGCUGCUGUUUCCUAAAGAGUUUGAGAGUGCAGAGACCCUGCUGAACUCUGAGGUCCACAUGCUGCUGGAGCACAGGAAGCAGCAGAACGAGAGCGCGGAGGACGAGCAGGAGCUGUCGGAGGUCUUCAUGAAGACCCUCAACUACACGGCCCGCUUCAGCCGCUUCAAGAACCGAGAGACCAUCACCGCCGUACGCAGUCUCCUCCUGCAGAAGAAGCUCCACAAGUUCGAACUCGCCAGUCUGGCUAACCUCUGUCCUGAAGCUGCUGAGGAGGCCAAAGCCCUGAUCCCCAGUCUGGAGGGGCGGUUCGAGGACGAGGAGCUGCAGCAGAUUCUGGACGACAUCCAGACCAAGAGGAGCUUCCAGUACUGAGACGAGAACCAGAACCAGGACCCUGCUGUGAUUUUUUUUUUUUGUUUACUGAACUGAUUGAUCCCGAUCGCUGUGAUUGAUCCCGAUCGCUGUGAUUGAUCCCGAUCGCUGUGAUUGAUCCUGAUCGCUGUGAUUGAUCAUGUGAUCUGAUGACAUCCUGGACUAAACCCCCCCCCCCCGCCACAAUAAAAGUAUUUUUUUUACA